UAUAGCGCCAACUGCCGCCCGAGGAAGAAGGUUCCCUCCGUUGGCUUAUUCCAGCGCCAGGCUGUAUGGAACUUUAGCUGCCUGGAAGUUUUCCUGUGCGACAUUUAAGGAAACGCCAUAUAAAGUUAUUUGGAGGAAGCUGAUAUGUCUUCGUCCUUUUAAGAAAACAGCAGGGUGGGAUUAAAUUCUCGCACAUGUGGAGGGCGCGAAAGUAACUUGUGUUUCAGAAUGAAUUUAUCCGAAUUGACUCGUCUUGUCAUGGAAGUCCACAACAGACAGAGAGAUUCCGAUUAAUAUGCAAGUCAAUAAAUACCUUACGAUCGCGAUUCUCUUUGGAAUCGGUGGUCAGAGUGAAGGCGAGAAAUGCAAGUCGAAAAAGGAGGAUCUGGAUGUGUGUCUGGCACAAGUGGCUCCCCUCAUGCCCAAGAGUGGUCUACCCCAUACCCGACUUGAUCUAAACAAUAUGUGCAAGGCCUUCAAGGGCGGCAUGGCCUGCGUUGACAGGUACACCUCCAACUGCCUGAGCCCCGAGGAGAGAUCGGAGCUGGAGAUGCACCUGAAGGGGGCGAGGUCGUUUCUGGCCUUUCUCUGCGACGACCCCGUUUUCCAAAAAGACUAUUUGUCGCACGGGCCGUGCUUGCGGGACGUGAGCAGCGACUGGGAGAAAUGCCACUUCCACUUCAAGCGCCUCGUGAGUCUUCAACACCAGGCCACCAACAUCACAGCCGCCGUCAGGGACCACAAUUUAUGCUGCAUCCGUGAGGGCUUCUUGUCCUGCGUGUACAGAGUCGGCUACUUCCGGUGCCAAAAACCCGAAGCCCUCUUCCUGAAGAAGGUGACGGCGACGCUGUCCUACAACGACAUUCAGGCGGAGAAAUGUCGCAACGUCAACAGAAAGACUUGCUCGCGCGCAAGCGAUCGUUCUUCAGCGUUCAGUACCGUUUGGAUGUCAUUAGCGGCGAGUUCUCUGCUGUUAAUAUUGCAGAACUCAGCCUGGCUUCUUCUUCUAUAAACUCUGAGGAGUCUUCGCGGAAGUCAGUUCAAAUACGUCCAAAUCCGACUGUUGACUCUGGGGAGUUCCAAGUGUUCUUCACGGUUAGAUGCGUUGCUCCAUAUAUAUAUAUAUAUAUAUAUAUAUAUAUAUAUAUAUAUAUAUAUAUAUAUAUAUAUAUAUAUAUAUAUAUAUAUAUAAUUUUAAACUAGGGUUAGUGCUUGUUUGUGGACUGGUCUCCUGAAGCACCUUACAUGUUAUAUCAACAUAUGCUGGUUAAAACAAAUUACGUACUUCACUUUCAUCUCGUAAUGACAAAGUUUCUCGUAAGUUCGAGACUCGAUAUUCAAGUCACUUCCUUCAUAUCUUUCCUUUGUCCAUUCUAAGCGCCUUUUGCCCUCUCUGUCUAUUGUUAUUUAUCUUUAUAAUUGCAACUAAAUCUCUCAAAGUUAAUUAUUCUUUCGGAGCACCAUUCUGUAUGCUGAAUGCCGAUU